AUGGAGGGCAAGGUAUUCUUCCUGUCCCCGACAUGCGGCGCUCUCAGGAUGAUGAUGAUCAAGUCGAUGAUCGAGAAAUCUGGAGGGCUAGUGGAGAAGAGAGAGGGGGCACGCGCUGACUACUUUGUGUUCGACAAAACUGUCGCAGCGUGCAGGAAGAAGGUGGAAGACUUGAGGCGCUCCUUCCAGAGGUUCGAGGGUGCAAAGCCCGUUCACGUGCAAUGGCUCGAGCAGACAUUGAGUUCUGAGGAGGAGAGAGAAAGAGAUGCGGAGGAGGGCAGAGAAAGGGAAUCGCUAGAGCGAAUCCUUGCGGAAGAGUCGAGAUUCACGCCGUAUGCUCCAAACGAGCGGCGAGGCCGACCUGUCCUCUCAGGACAUUUCGAGCAUGCGCUGUUGGACAUUCUCGACAACCUUGGAAAGCAUCGGUCAUCUGUACUGCUGGAGGACAAACGCUGUGUUGUUAUCUAUGAUGGCUUCCCCAAGGCAAGAUUCAGGUUGCGAGGAGCUCUCUUUCAGAAUAGGAUACCAUUCUACUUUGACUCCCCAUGCUUGAAGAACAAGAAGCAUUGGAACUCGUUUCAGCCGCCAUUCUUCAUCGACAGCGGGAUGCUCAUGGAGGAUCUUGAAAGGAACGGCAAGAUCUCGAUCAAUAAGGAACAAGCGCUUCAAUGGCUCAAGGACGACAUGAUAUCACAUCGCACAGAAGAAAAAAUGAAGAAUAUUCCAGCAUUGAAAGACCAUCUUGCAAGGCAUAAUGUGCAAGAAACCAGUAUGUACAGGUAA